AAUUAGUUUAGUCCUUCCUUCUCACACUCCUCUUCUUUCCCCAGACACAGAGGAGGAGAAACCCACCAAGCAUGAGCGGCGGCAGGGUUGGUGGUGGUAGGGUUGCGAUCCCGGAGAGUACUAGGAAGACGAUCAAGAGCAUCAGAGAGAUCACAGGGAAGAAUCAUAGCGAUGAUGAAAUCUACGCCGUGCUCGAGGAGUGCUCCAUGGAUCCCAAUGAAGCCAUUCAGAAGCUGUUCUAUUUAGAUCCAUUUCAUGUGGUUAAAAGUAAGCGUGAUCGGAGAAAGGAGAACUUGAACAGAACACCUGAAAAUUCUAGGUCUACUCAACGCUUACAGGAGAGAGGGAUGAGGGUGGGUCGAGGGAACUAUUCUUCAAAUUAUAUCUCAAAUGGCUUUGGUGGAGGAAAGAAUGAAUCUUCUCGAAAGGAGAAUGGGGUCAAUCAUGUUUCGGAAAGAGGCUCACAGAAAAUGCACAAUAAUGGAGCUUCUCACAUGACAGACAGCUCAACUGUUCUGUCAAAUGGCUCAAGUUUAUUGAAUGGGAGCUCCAGUCCUCCAAGUGUCCCCCAGUUGUCUGCCGGUCCUGUUAUUGAUGUUGGUAAAGAGAGUUCUGCAGCUGAUGAAAACAAUUCAGGGAAAACACCACUGCCACUUGUUGUUAAUGUGGAAAUACCUCUUUCUGCAUCCAUAUCAAGCUCUGAUCUCCUCUUGACUUCUACAUCUCCAGCAUCUGCCUCAGGUGGGUAUUCCUCAGCUUCAGACCCGGUAUUGGAACCAUCUUUGUCAGGGAACACUGGCACCCUCAGUAAAAUCAAACAUGAAGUAGGAAGUCGGCAAAAAGUGGCUGAGCAGAAUCAUAUUCAAGGCAGCAAACUUGCUACUUCUGAUGUUGGGUCAGAGUUACCUAAGAAUAGUCAUAAAACAACCUCUCCGACUGAUAACUAUAGACACAUGGAAAAGGAACCUGGCAAAACAAUUGCGGUUGAGAAGAACCAGUGGCCUGAGUCUUCACAUUUCACUUCAUCUGCGGCUCUUGAGCAUUCUAUGGCUCCCAGGACUUCUGGUUGUGAUGGUCAGUUAUUAGAUUUAAAAGCAGUGGUUUCAUCAGAGGUUACUCCAGCUAAAGGAGAUUCUAAAUUAUCACCUGGUCCAGGUGUUUUGGAUGGUCGACAUGUUACUUUCCCAAGUCAUUUUAAGGUUCCUGAAGCUCUGAUAAGUGGAUUGACUUUUGGAAGCCUCGAUACUGAACUUGGCCUGGGAACAAAGGACAUUGAUGGUGCUAAUAGUGACAUUAAUUGUUCGCUUACCACCAAUUCUUCUCAAGGGAGUGAUGAGACUGUUUCUCCUAGCAAACAAAAUACGUCCUCAAAUGCGAGAGCAGAUAAAUUUGAUUCGCCACAUACAUAUCAUGAUGGGCUUGAUAAAAUACCUUCUGGGGAAGGCAAUGUCACUUCUAAUGCAGACUCGAAAGAUGAUCAGACAAAGGAGGAGAUGCCCUCUCUUCCAGAGGGCCAUCAGAACCCCACUUUCCUGUUCACUCCAAACUACAGUUUUGGUAUCAUGCCUCCUAUGCCAGGGAGCCAGCUUGUAAGAUUUGAAAAUCCUGAUACUCAGGCAAGAGAUGUUACUCAGCUUCCAAACUUUGUUGCUGAAAACCCUCUGGUUUCGUCUAGCGCAAGCCAAACUCCUCCUCUGCAGAACUCUAUUGCUACUGCUCUUCAGCCUCUUCCUUUUUUUAGACAGCCAUAUCCUCCUAACUACUUCCCCUAUGGACCCUACUUUUCUCCUUUUUUGAUGCCUCCGAUGCACCAGUUCUUAGGUCACAAUGGUUUCCCUCAACAGCCUUCGACCGGCAAUGUAUAUUUACCACCUGCAGCUGCUGCUCCUGGUGUUAAGCUCCCUCUUCCACAGUUAAAGCCUGGAACUGGUUCAGGAAAUCCUUCUCCAAUAGGAUUUCCAUCGAUAUAUGGUGCAUAUCCUACCUCUCCUAUUGGUUUUAAUCCCGCUCCAGCUGUGACCUCUGAAAGCUCAGCUGCCAAUGAGGAUCUAUCCACAUCUCAGAUGAGAGAAAAUCAUGUCUUCUCAUCUCAACAAUUGGGUGAAGAAGGAUCGGGAGUCUGGAUUCAUGCUCCAAGCCAAGAUAUAUCUAGCUUGCAGGUCAAUCCACUGUACAGCCUCCCCCAAAAUGGACAGAUUGCUUUCUCGCCUGCACAAGCCAGUCACAGCACUUUUGCUGGGAUUUAUCAACCGUCACUGACAAUGACUGCACCGUCAACUGUUAAUCCACUCCUACAACCAUCUCAGGCUGUGGCCGCAACCGUUGAACCAGUUGGACCCGCGCCGGGUGCUUAUCAGCAACCCUCCCAACUUGCACAUGUGAACUGGAACCCUAGUUAUACUGAGUAGGUAGAAGUCUGUAGUGAGGCCCAUAUAUCGACAAACAUCAAUCGCAGAGGAAAGGUAGUCUGGGUUAUCGAAGCAUCAAUCAGCUGGAUAAAAAGUGUAUAUAUGAAUUGCGGCCCAGAAUUUUUGUUCAACAUCUUGUAGUGUUGUUUCGCUGCUUUGGACUUAAAUUAUUGUUAGAUGGAUUUGAGAGGUCCAUACAGUAGGUGAGAUUUCACAAAUUUUCCUUUUUUCAACGUCUCACCUGUAAACCAACUCCUCCUUCAUAUCAAUGAAAAAGAUGAAGUUAUACAGCU